AAUAGAGGAUAUGGGCAGUGCUUAUUGUCCUCGCAUUAUUUGCUUAGUAAAUACCUGUAGUCGUUUUGUUUUUUGUUGUAUUUUCAUAUAAAUUUGCAAAUGUUAUAUACACAUCUAAACUUAUUGAAAAGUGUAUGAGGCCAUAAGUGCGUGUAAACGGUCGUGAUAUAUAAAACUUAUAAUUAGUAGAAACAAAUGGAAAGCUAAGAGGGAUAUUUGGAGAAAAAAGGUUCAGAAAAAAUUUACAUGAAACUAUGAAUGACAAUAUGAUUAACAUAUAAAUAUGUAAAAAAGGAUGUAAAUGCAAUAUAAGAAAUCCUAUGGACUAGUCGUGAGUGAAAAUUGUAUUUGUCUGCGGUUUAUACUGUGGUUAUGCACAUGCUUUGGUAUUACAACUUCUUGGUGCGGCGGCCUUAUCUAAUGGUCCUGGCCGUAGCCGUUUUGUGUACAGCUUGCAUCACAGUGUCCUUGACCAUGAACACAGCACCGGAUUUUAGUGAUCCCACAUUGGGCUUUGAAACACGGGGUACAGUAUUAGGAAAGCGUCUAACCGCCUGGAAUAACCUGAUACAGGAAACAGGCCCAUUUGGCAGCCUUGUGACCGACCCAAAUGAUUUGCGCCAUUACAAUACCAUUAAUCAUCACCACAUGAAUAAGAAGCGCAAGCAUCAACUCCACAAUCGAGCACAUAAGCGCAAGAAUCAAAGAAAACCAAAAAAUCCGAAACAACACAAAAAUAAAGAAUUACAUUUAAGUAAAAAGGUUUUAUUUCUGAAGAACCGAUUCAAUAUAACAACUCGAAAAAAUAAUGGAAGCGACCUUUUACCAACUCAAUGGAAUGGUGAUAGCGGUGUUUUUCGUGAUUAUGAAAUUACGAAUGACUCCUUGUCAUCCAUGGAGCAGUCGAAUAGAAGCGAACAUUUUGAGUAUGGACGUAAUACGACGUCCGUCGACGAGGACUACCACCGCGAAAAGGUUCAAACUAAAAAGAGUACCUGGAACAUACUCAAACAGGCCCCAAUGCCACCCUCUUGGGGUCUAGAUGGUCCACAUGUGGAAGGUUAUUUUUGUGAUUCGCCAUCUAAGGAUUACUCUCAUUUCGUUGUUGAGCGUAUUGGACCUAAUGCCACGGAUUCACUUUUCGACCUUAAUGGACUGCUAGCAAUGUGUCAAUUACAGAAUCAAAUUCUUGCUAUACCAAGUUAUGGUGAAUUUUGUCAGAGAGAAGAACUCACUGACACUUGUUGUCGGCCAUGGUCAUUACCCAAUUAUGCUGCACUGCUAGUCAAUAAGAGUUCCUGUUUUGAUUUGAAUACUGAGGACGUCGUUAUGCUUCAAAAUUUAUUGGUGAUGUGUUUCGAGUACUAUCAUGAUUUGAAGUUGAGUAACGACUGCAGCGAAUUCAGCCCGUGUACAGCUCCAGCCGAAUGCACACGCGGCAACAUUGUUUUCAAUAUUUUACAUUAUUUGACUGACGUCAACUUCAUACGAAUGAAUGACACAACCGUAUUUUUGAAAUAUGCAAUGAUAUUUGUACCUGUGGCUUAUACAUCAAAAAUCCUGCCGUUGUUCCAUGAAUGGGAAGAUACUGAUUUGAAAAAUGAACUUGUGCAAGUUAUGUCGAUGGAUUUGGGACUCGAAAAUGAACUUUUUAACGAGUCUUUGCUCACAGAUGUUUGGUUGGUGUCGUUGGGCGGAGUUUUCGUUAUGACUUGUAUUUGGCUGUAUACAACUUCGCUAUUUAUAACAUUGAUGGUCUGUGUGGCAGUGAUCUUUUCGUUGGGCUUAGCCUAUUUCGUCUAUACUCUUGUAUUCAAGAUGGCAUUCUUUCCAUAUAUGAAUUUGCUUGCUGUGGUUGUAAUCAUAGGCAUAGGAGCUGAUAAUGCGUUUCUAUUUGUGAAAAUUUGGCAAUGCGUUAUAGCAGAACGUUUUACAAAAUCUACAAAAGCAACAAUCGCGUCUCAUACCGCCACGUCAGUUGCCGAUGGUGGAAAUGAACAUACAGAGACAUUGCAAAGCUUAAUGGCGUCCACAUUUCAUCAUUCAGCAUUGUCUAUGUUUGUGUCUUCACUAACAACUGCUACCGCAUUCUUUGCGUCGUACACCAGUUCCAUUACGGCUAUUAAAUGCUUUGGUGUAUUUGCUGGAACUGUAGCUAUUACCAAUUAUUUGCUUAUGAUAACUUGGCUACCUGCAGUCGUCUGCAUAAUGGAACGCUUGUCUGCCUGUACGGCCUGCAAUAGCAAACUUCCCUUGCAGAAGUUUCUGCUCAUGUUCAAUAAGUCAAUUACAAAGUCCAGUCAUCUUCUUGAAUCAUUUAUUACAAGGGCUGUGAUGAAUUAUGCUACAAUAUGGAUUUGUUCAUUCGGCGCGAUAGGACUAUUUAGUUCAGUUAUUGUAUUAUACGCGCCAGGUCUACAGUUGCCAGAGACCUCGCAUUUUCAAUUGUUCGCAAGUAAACAUCCAUUUGAAAUUUAUAAUAGCAAAAUGAAAAAUGAAUUCUGGUUUGAGAAAUCAAUGUCGGCCUAUGAAAAUUUUAAAUUACCACUACGCUUCGUGUGGGGCAUUCAAGCGGUCGAUGAUGGAGACUAUACUGAUCCAUUUUCCCGUGGAAACUUAUAUUAUGACAAUACUUUUAAUAUAUCUACGAAGGCUGCACAAAUUUGGCUGUUAAAUUUUUGCAAAAAAAUAAGACUACAACCAUUUUAUGAAGUUACUUUUGGUUUAUUGCUAUCAAAUUGUUUCAUUGAAAAUUUUAUUUCAUUAAUGGAUCGCAUGUGCAUAGAUGGAAUGGACAAUAAUGACCGCACACCAUGUUGCGAUGUAUCAAAGUUUCCCUUUGAGCCCCAAGUUUUCGACAUUUGCUUGCCAGAAAGUAUGUCCUUGCUCUACGCCACACCGCGCAAAUAUUAUACACCAGGUGUUGCUGGACCAAGAUUCUUGGCGGAGAAGCAAACCAUUGAUAUGUCACAUGGCCAUCACGAGGAUGCAACAAACAAUGUUUCGCAAAUUAGUACGCUGCCUCCACCAAAAGUGAAAGCUUUAGUGAUCGAAUUCGAAUCGAAUGUCGCCUACACAACGGCUUACAAAGAAGUGAAAACAUUUGUUGAAACUGUUGAGCAGUGGCUAAGGGAUGAGUUGAACUCAGCACCGCCCGAAAUGCAGGGCGGCUGGUUUACGAGCGAACUUAAAUUCUUCGACACACAAGGCACGCUGAGUCACGAUACCUUAGUGGCGAUUACUGUGGCAAUGAGUGCUUCGCUAGUUGUUUUGCUACUGGUCACCUUGAACGUUUUGGUAUCGCUGUAUGCUGUUGUAACUGUCUUGCUCACAAUCUUUACGACAGUAUCCAUACUAAUACUACUCGGGUGGAAGCUAAAUGUGCUGGAAAGUAUAACCGUGAGUACUGCGAUUGGAUUAGCGGUAGAUUUUAGUUUACACUACGGUAUACACUACCGAAUGUCGCCGACGAGAGAACGUCGGGCCGCUAGCCAAUUUACCUUAUCACGGAUUGUGGGUCCAACAUCGAUGGCCGCAAUCACUACAGGUGUUGCUGGUGCUUUAAUGCUAGCUUCCAACGUACUGCCGUACAUACAGAUCGGUUUGUUUUUAGUUAUUGUGAUGGUUGUCAGUUGGUUAUUCGGAACGUUUUUUCUAAUGAGUCUUCUGAAAACAGCCGGGCCGCAAUAUGGUUUCAUGCAGUUCAAUUACCCGUUAAUAAGUAAAGGAUCGUCAACUAGUGGCAAUAAGUAUUAUGAAAGGAAACAAAGCCAAGUUAUUGCCAGCGAGCAAUUGCUUACACCAUCGAGCUCGGCAAUCGGCGAGCUCAUUAAUUCGGAAACACACGAACUUGAGUCGCUCACAUCAAGUUCCUUAAUUAAAACGAUUUCUGGUACUGAAAGUUCUCAUCCCCUCAGUGCUGAUUUCGAGCACUCUUUCAAUAAUAAACUUGAUAUAUCAUCCAUAGUUGAUCACAAGGGUCCGUCUGUUGAAAGUUCAAUGUCUGAGUUACAUGCUACAAACUAAGAUGCCUACACAACUAUUUUUGCAUAAACAUUCCCCAUACAUGUACGGGAAUGCUGAUCUAGUGAAAGUCCUUGGCCGGAUAUAAAUCCGGGUCGUUCCGGCAACGUAGAAACGACUGUCGUGGAAACGUGUGCUGGGGUAUCUUAGUAUUGGCUGCCUGAAAUUGUUAAAAAUACUUUUUCGAUUUGGUGCAUUUUGGUGUUGAUAUGUACACUUAUUUAUUAAACAUUUCUAAUGUAAAUAAAAAUCACCUGGUGUGGCUGUAAUUGUAAUAAAUGGGAAACCUGCAAAGUGAAAAUAUAUUGUACACCACAAAUUAUAGUAUUUACAAUGAUAUCCAUAUGUACUUCUAGUAAGCAUAGGUAUAUACAUGUAUGUAUGUAUGUAUAAAGUGCAUGUGCAUGUUCAUAUAGAUACAUUAUACAAUAUAUGUAGGUAUGUUGUUAAUUAUAAAGCCUUGUGCAGAUGCACAUAGGAGAAAAAGCAUAGAUAUUUUAAUGUAAGUUGAAUAAGCGUUUUUUAUGUAAAAUGUAUAAAUAUCUGAUGGUAUUAAUUAGGGAUAAUUUCAAAUCAAGCAAUUGUUGGAUUAGGUUAUUCAAUCUAUCUAACAAACCUACACUUAUACGCUAUGAAUACAUUCCUAUAUGUGCAUGAAACCUUACGUACAACUAAUAUUUUGAUGUUAAUGGCCAGACACAUAUAAAUCACAUGAUCAAGACUAAGGAAUGUUGUGAACAAAAGGUGCAAAAGUCAAUAGUAUGUUUACAAUAUAUAAUAUUAAUAUAUGCGAAUAUAGAAAGUUUAAGAAAUAUCUACGUAUAUAGCUAAGUUAAGAGUUUAAGUUCAAUGUACUUCCACUGUCAAAAGAAACAAAUAAUAAACGGAUUAUAAUAAGUUAACUGUGAUAUGAUAAAAGAUAAAAGUUGAAUUACCGAUAAUUGAAUAUAAUCCAGAAUUUAUGUACUUAUGUAUAUGUAUGUAAUAAUGAAAAUUUUUAAUAAAGAUAGUGUUCAUUUAAA